AACUUUUAUAUAUUACAAAUUAAUACGUUUUAGACUUUUGCUUGACGUUUCGAGAAUCGUCUGGGCGGGUUUGUAAGCAGUGAUUGGACCUUUGCUAAUCUUAGAAAGGUCGAAUUAGCCGUGGCUCCGCUAGCUGGUUUGUUGAUUUAAGUGGUUUCCCUCUUAACUUUACUUGAACCUAUCAUUGUCCGUAAUCGGGUGUGUUUUUGUAAUUUGACUUAAACGUUUCACUUUACAGGUAGCCAAGAUUAAUUACGCCGCCGUGGUUUUAGGACAAAACCACUGAAGUGUGUUUCCAUUUCAGAAUAUCGUGGGCCUUCUUCUGGAAGGGCUGGAGUUGUGUUGUAUUUUAUGAUUGCUUUUAGCAUCGUAUAUAGAAAACAUUUUUUAAAGAAUAAAUAUGUUGAAAAUAUAUGGACCAACUUUGGAGCAUAACAUUUUUAGGGAAGUCGAAAAUGAUCGAGCAGAAAAUGUUCAAAAAAUGACUCAUGAUCUCAGAUUGACUAAUCCUGCAGAGGGAAAACACCGAUCACAUCACAGUAUUUAAACAAUUCCAUCUUUUACUCUGUGUGAUCAAGUUUAUCUUUUAUGCAUACAAUGUUAAAACACCAAAUUAAAAAUAAUGUGAGGGGUAAUGCUAGAGUUAAAAUUAGUGUUAUUAAAAAGUUGUAAAACUACAGUGGUUAGCUUGUGACUUUAAAAUGCAAAUACUUAAUAAAGAUCCAUGUUAACACACUUUCCUUUAAGCAUUGCUUUAUUAGAGAAGCUAUGUGGAAUGUUUUGUUGUAUUACUACGCUAUGUAUGCAUGUAACUUUUUUCUUUUCAGCAUGCUACUUCUGCCAAAUUAUUGCAACCUAAAGUUUCUCGUUGACAGUCAUGGCAACAGAGGGGGUGGAAAAGACGAGUGAAGAUGCUCCAGCAGCUGGAAAGGCCAGCACCAGGUAUGACCUGGAAAAGGAGACUGAACUUCGCUUUGAGGUGGAGUCAGGGGAAGCAGCUGAACAAGUUGAGCUGGAGCUGCUCACAGGAAUGGCUGAGGUGUUUGGCUCCGAGCUAAACCGAAACAAAAAGUAUACAUUUGGACCAGGCUCUAAGAUUGCAGUUUUCACUUGGCAAGGCUGUAGUGUGAAUCUUUAUGGGAAGCCAGAGGUUGCUUAUGUGUCCAAGGAUACGCCCAUGCUGCUCUACCUAAACACACAUGCAGCCCUUGAACAGAUGAGAAAACAAGCAGAGCGUGACAAUGAGAGGGGGCCAAGGGUGAUGGUGGUGGGACCGACAGAUGUUGGGAAGUCAACGGUGUGUCGGCUGCUUCUCAGCUAUGCUGUGAGGGUUGGAAGGAGGCCAACAUUGGUGGAACUGGAUGUUGGACAGAGCGGGGUGUCUGUACCCGGCACAGUGUCAGCGCUCUGCAUCGAGCGUCCAGCGGACGUGGAGGAGGGUUUCUCAGUCCAGGCUCCUUUGGUCUACCACUUUGGCUCUACUAGUCCAGGGACCAACAUCAAACUUUACAACAAGCUGACAUCGUGCCUGGCUGAGGUGUUUUCCCAGCGCUGUGAAGUGAACAGGAAAGCCAGUGUAGGAGGCUGCAUCAUCAACACCUGUGGCUGGGUGAAGGGCUCUGGAUACCAGGCUCUGGUCCACUGUGCGUCAACCUUUCAGGUGGAUGUGGUUCUGGUAUUGGACCAUGAAAGGCUCUACAAUGAACUCAAAAGAGACCUCCCUCACUUUGUGCGGGUUGUGCUCCUACCCAAGUCCGGGGGAGUCGUGGAACGCUCCAAGGAGUGUCGGCGGGAUACUCGGGAUGAGAAGAUCCGCGAGUAUUUCUACGGCUUCCGUGGAGUCACCUUCUACCCCUUUUCUUACGAAGUGCGUUUCUCAGACGUUCGCAUCUAUAAAAUUGGUGCUCCAUCCAUCCCGGACUCAUGCCUGCCACUGGGAAUGUCCCAGGAUGACACACAGCUAAAACUGGUGCCUGUUACUCCAGGAAGAGACCUCACAUACCACGUCCUAAGCGUGAGCAGUGCUGAAGACGGAGAUGAAGGUGCUAGAAAGGGCAUAGUGGAGAGUCCUGUGUGUGGCUUUAUUGUGGUGACUCAUGUAGAUACUCAGACACAGGUGAUGAAGGUGCUCUCCCCAGCACCUAGACCCCUGCCCAGGCAUACUCUGCUCAUCAUGGACAUUCGCUUCAUGGAUAUGAAAUGAAGCAGGCCCUCAGAGGAGAGGACUUGGAUCGAAGACGUCCUGCUGGGUACCCUUUUUAUUUUAAGGCUAUCUUGUUUGUACUUUACAGAGAAAACAUUUUAAGUGUUGAAAUUCGGAAUGCAUCAUUUUUUGUGGUUCAUGUGAAUCCAGUUUUCAGCCUGUUUCAUACAUUUUAUGAUUUAAUUUCUACUUAUUCAACAAUAAGAUGAUGGGAGCAGGGUUUUUUAUACUGAAGAUUUUUGGUCUCAUUGCACAGAAGAGGGAAUUAAAUAAGAAAAAAACAUUACUCUCUACACUAGCCGUUGGUCAAUUUGUUGUGUUAUCAAUUUUAGCAUGAGCUGGGAAUUGGUGCAUCCCUAAUAGAAAUUGAAAGCAGCUGUAAAUUCUAGACCACACUGCACAGAUGUCUGUAGAAAAGGAUUUUUUUUUUAUCAAAGCAAAGAUAAAAUAUUUUUCUUCAUAAUCUGUUUCAUAGAGAUUUUUUUCUCUUGAGUAAUAAAUUUUUUAAAUGUAAAAAAUUGUGUGAGUUUGUUUUUAAUUACACUAUCUGACUAUCAGUAUGUUUCCCUUACUAACAAACAAUAAUUUAAUUAUCUGCAUACCCAAUAUGUAAUGAGCUGAGGAUGGAACACACUUAAUGAACUUAAUUCUAACCCAAUCAAACCUGGGAAUACUUUGCAGUUUUAUAACCUUUCCUAAAGAAAUUUAAUGUUUUAUUCAGUAGGUCUUCUGUUUUGACAAAAGAAAGGCAAAUAAUAAUAUCCUGUAGGCUUCAUUAAAACACACACAGUACUAGCAUGCUAGUGAUUGUUUGGGAGCACUACACUAGCAGGUCAUUUAAUAAUUUGUUCUGUAAACACUUACCAGCUUACCAAACCAUACCAGAUGCUAUUUUAAUUUUUUAGAGUAACAGCGUUUCUAUGUAUGACAACAUGACUUAUAAGCAUACACAAAAACAACACUGUGUGAUGCAUAAUACGUGCAAAUAUCUCAAACUAAGUAUAUAAUAAAUAAGUAGAUAUUUAAAUGUAAGCACGUGGUUCAAAAAAAUAAUAUUGGAUAGAUUUGUUGUCUGAAUCUUUUCUUGCUAAUAUUUUGUGGGGUUUUUUUUGUUUUUUUGUUUUUUUCUGAACCUUUUUGUUUUAUUAAAUUACUUAAUUUUUCUUUUCUAUUCCCUGCCUGCCAUAUGUAGUGUUUCUUUGCACCUACUUUAUGCAUGUCAGUGUUAACCAUUUGUCAUAACCAGCAGGGUGUGGAUUAAUCGUAGGUGGGUCUUUUGUGGAGGGUUGAGAUGACCAUCUGGAACGUAGAUUGUGAAUUUUGUGGAAAAGAAACCGUGUAAAACCAUUUCAAGUGGGUGUACCGUCAAAAUAUUUUCACAAACAGCUUAUGGCAAAUAAAACUCCUUAUUAAAAAAUAUAGAAAUCAGUAUCUGGUGUGACUGCUGUUUUCUUUUUAAACAGCAGUUGUUCUCUUUGGUGUAUAGCAUUUUUUUCCCCUAAGGUAUGUUCCAGGUGGGUUGUUUUAAGCAUUUUCGGUGGAUUUGCCACACUAAUGUGAAUUUAAGUUUUAAAGCUGUUUUCAAGCAAAACUGCCCUUUCUUUCUUUCUUGUUUGUGCUCCUUGCAGCUUCACUGUUACAGCUUUAUUCCUCUCAUUCAUAUGCAUGUAUUCUAUCUUGCUUUGUUAACUUUCCUCUUCUCUCUCCAGGCUCUCUUCUAUCUGCUUCAUACUUUCACUACAGAUCACAACGUUAUCUGCAAACAUUAUAGUCCACAGAUACUCCUGGCUUACCUCAUAUGUCAAAAUGUCCAUCACAAUUACAAACAAGAAGGGUCUCAGAGCAGAUCCCUGAUAUAAACCCACCCCGACCAUGAACCCAACCAACUGAUUCACUAACUUUC